CCGCCUCCCAACUGGGAGGUAGGUGUGGGCUAGGAACUGGCCUCGGCCGUGGAGGGUGGGGGUGCGUGCUGCUGCUUAGGACGCCCCAGCGGCUCUGUGGGGCGCGCAGCACGCGGCUCCAGGGACUGGUGGUCCCGACGCGGCUGGGCGUUGCGCGGAUGGCCCUGCUCCGGUGUCCCGCGCUCGCUCUCCUCCUCCUCGUCUUCACUGUUGCGCUCAGGUGCCAGGAAGAGGCCCAGCCCACCGACUGGAGAGCCACCCUGAAGACCAUCCGGAAUGGCGUUCACAAGAUCGACACGUACCUGAACGCCGCCUUGGACCUCCUGGGAGGCGAGGAUGGGCUCUGCCAGUAUAAGUGCAGUGAUGGAUCUAAGCCUUUCCCACGUUAUGGUUAUAAACCUUCCCCGCCGAAUGGAUGCGGUUCUCCACUAUUUGGUGUUCAUCUUAAUAUUGGCAUCCCUUCCCUGACAAAGUGCUGCAACCACCAUGACAGGUGCUAUGAGACCUGUGGCAAGAGCAAGAACGACUGUGAUGAGGAGUUCCAGUACUGCCUCUCCAAGAUCUGCCGAGGGGUGCAGAAAACGCUAGGACUAGCUCAGCAUGUUCAGGCAUGCGAAACAGCAGUGGAGCUCUUGUUUGACAGUGUUAUACAUUUAGGCUGUAAACCGUACCUGGACAGCCAGCGAGCUGCAUGUAGGUGUCACUACGAAGAAAAAACUGAUCUUUAAAGAAGAUGCUGACAGGCGGUGACAGCAGAUAAGGAUGGAAGAACAUAACCUUUGGCAAAGAACUAAUGGUUUUUACAGCAUAAAGUUGCCUUAUUCUUGUGAAAGGAUUAUUGUAAGAUCUUAUUUUGAUAUUAAAACUAAAAAAACACUUCAAACUAAAGAAAAAGUGGGGGAGGUUAUGUUCCUGGAUACAUCGCUGCCUUAGUGUGCCAGAUUGUCUUGACCAGUGCCUUUUUUGUUAAUUUACAAAAAAAAAAAAAAGAAGUCAAAUGUAAAAUUCAUUAUAAUGUCUGUUAAACAUUACCUUAUUUGGAAAUAUGGGGAGAUCAUCACUCAGAAGUGUAUUUGUUUACUAUAAAAUUUUAAAUAUACAUUUAUGCCUGGAAGGACCUGACUUUAUUUUUUCUCUUUGAAUUAAUACAAAAUACAUUGUUUUUCUGUAGCCCAUUGAGCAUAUGAAGAAGUCACACUUCUGUUAAUGCAGGACUAAUUACAAGGACAAGGUUCCCAUGUCUGCUUCUCUUAUAAGAUCAGAACCAUUCGCUGGUGACCUCUUAGGGAGCAAAACCAGGAUUCGUAGGUAUUAUGUAAUGUGCUUAGAAAGUGAUGUGAACAAAAUUCAGAAGCACAGCCUCUCCCAUUUUAUGAACCACUCCAAUGACAAAUGUCGUAGUUUUCUAUAAUCUUUGCCUAAACUGGAGAAAAGAUGAGCUUAAUGAGACAAGUGAAAAGUUGUUUAACAUACGCAUCAUAGCAUUAUAUUCUGUUAUGAUUUGGUGUUUAUUCCCUAGCUUGCUCCUCAUAAUAGAUUCUGGGAUAUUUUUAUUAGGUGGACUUAAUAAAAAUUAUUCUCGAUAUUGGUGUUGGGGGGGAGUUUAAGUCCUAACUGUGGGGUCAAAAGGGAUGACAAAGCAAGAUACAAAGAACUAUCUUUUAUAAACCUCUCACGUACAUGAAAAACUACUAACAGAUGUUUAAGAGCAAACCCCACAACCUCAACUGCCUCUGAAAAUGUGUAUUGAGAGCUUUUCAGAAAGCUCGGUUGUGGUCCUCAACUACUCUUCACUUACCACUGGCUGUUGGCUUUCCUGAGCCCAGAAUCCCAAGCCAUAUAUAUCUUUUGAGGAACCUGUGGCCAAAGUUGUUAAGACAAACUACUUGGAAAGUCAGAGAAAUACACCACCAGGAGAAGUGUUUUUUUCCCAAGUCAUUACAGGCAGAAUUCAGAAAAAAGAAAAAUACAUUCUGGAAAAAAGGCCACAUUCCUAACUGAACACAGCAGGUCCCCAAAAUCAUUGAUGAGAUGAUGUAGAAACUUAACGCUUGUUUAUAUCAGUUAGCCUAUGGUUAAAACUGGUUUUGUUACACAAAGUUUCACUUAAAGUUGCAGAACUUAUUGACAGUGUAAAGUGAGGACUUACUGUAUAUGUUAUUGCUGAGAACCUAAUAGCUACUCAAACUGAGAUGGAGGCAUCUGUUCUAGGAGAUGUGUCCUCUAGUAGACAAGGCAAGUGUAUCACACCUCAUGGCUAAGUGAACAAACUGGGAACUUAAUGUUUGGAACUCUUAAUUGAUACUUUUCAGACUUUUUUAAAGGACCAGUUUUAUAAGCCAUUAUCAAUAUUUAAUCGCUAUCAAUAUUUACUAUUGAAAUACUUGACCAAAUAACUUGAAACUUAUAAUAAAUUCAUGGACUUUCUUGGCAGCAUUAGCUUCCUCAGGAAGACAAACUCAGAACGUCUUUUUAAAUAUUUAAUUCAUGAUCAUAAAUUAUAUACAAAAAUCAGUAGAGGCUGUUUUUUAUAUGUUCAGGUUUUUUAAGACUUGUUAUCUGGGAAUAACUUUAGAUUUACAAAAAAAAAAUUGCAAAAAAAUAACAUAAAGACUUCCUCUCUGUUUCCUACCUCUAAUGUUAACAUUUUAACAUAACCAUGAAACAGUUGUUAAGAAACCAACAUUGGUAAUUACUAUUAAUUAAAUUCAACUUUACUUGGAUUGUGCUAAUUGUUCCACUAAUGUCACUUUUCUUUUUCAGGAUCCAGUCUAGAAUACCACAUUGCACUUAGCAUGUCUAUUUAACCUCUGGUCUAUGAGGGCUCCUCAGUCUUCCUUUGUUUUUCAUAAACUUGAUAAUAAAAAGUAUUGGUCAGGUGUUUUGUAGAAUGUCCCUCAUUUUGGGUUUGUCUGAUGUUUUCCUCAUGAUUGGACUGCGGAUAUGCAUUUUUAGGAAGAAAAUCACUGAGGUGAAGGGUUCUCAUCAAAUCACGUGAGUAGUUGAAUACUAUCAAGUUGAUGUUGACGUGGUUAAGAAACUGUCUGUUAAGUAUCUGCACUGUAAAGUUAUUAUUUUCCCUUUCCAUACUUUUGUGCACUGGAAGCCAGUCCCCAAGUCCAGUCUAUGGGAAGUGGAGGGUGGGCAAGAUUAGGUUCCACCCCCUGGAAUGGGGCGUGUAUCUAUAUGCAGUGCUUGGAAUUCUUCUGUAACAGAGAUUUGUGGCCCACCCCAAUUUAGUUAGUUAUUCAUAUCAUUGUGGACUCUGUAUACUUCUGUUACACUCUGGGUAAUGUUUAUUUUCUUGCUCAAAUCAUUCCAGCUUGGCUAUUGGGAAGUAUGUCAGGUUGGCUCCUGGGUCUCUGACACGCCCAUCCUUUUGAUUUUUGAGCACUUCCAUAGUUUCUGGCAAGAAAGUAGGAAAGUUGCUCCAGGCUCAUGUUGUAUGUUCCCAGCCCUGAAGUCAGCCGCUUCGGUUCCUUUUAAUGGAGAAUGGUUUCUGAUGGAACUUAGAAACUAAGAUCUAGGUACAGGAUGUGCUUCUUGCUACCAGGUAUCACUGCUUCUAGAC